AUGAGUGAAGAUGAUUAUUGGUCAGAAAUAUGGAAAUCAGCUAAGGCAAAUAUUUGCUUAUUAGCAUUUAUGAUUCCUUUCCUUCUACACAUGCUUGAAAUCAAGGUUUAGUUUUCGUUUACAGACUACAAAUCUUAUCUUUGGUCAUUUUUUGUAAUCUAUGUAUCAGUCACCUACGGGUAUGUCUGUGAUCACUUAGAAGGAUUAAUUAUAUUUGCCCUGUUGUUUACUGUUUAAGUGCAUUCAGCUAUCUUCUUCUUUUAGUAAACUAUUUUCCCCCUCACUGAUCUCUAGAAAGUAGUUAUGACUUUUUAUUUAGUAUCUAUCUGUCUUUUUAUGAAUAUCAUGAUUCGAGAGUAUAGAUUAAAGAAAAAAAAUAGUAAAGUAGUACAAAAAAAGCUAUUGUUUUUUGUAAACUAAUGUUCAGGAACUGUAUUUGCAUAAAUUCUAUUCUUGGAACUAGGAGUCAUCGAUUUCAGUAAUUAUGGUAAAAUCUUGAAUGAGUACCCUUGGGAUUUAGCUACCUACAUUAUAUUUAACCUUUUGAGUCUUUUUGGUUUUAUAGUAGGUAUUUAUCAAAUGUUCUCUAAAAUGAAGAAAUUGUCUAAAAACACUUAUUAAUUAUAAAGACACUGGUUCUACUUCACAAGUCUACUGGCUUGUGUUUGCUUUUUAAUAUUAAAGUGGGAAAUAGCUACAAUACCUGAAUUAUUUAUUUUACUAAGUACUUAUUUCUAUAUCUUUAUUGUUAUAUUUUCUUGGUAGAGCUAGAAGUGGUUUUUAGUAAUAAGUAUAGUGCAAGGUAUUACAGAAAUCGUUAUUUCAUUUAAGUUCCACGGAGAUAUUGACGAUCCUUGGAUUCGUAUCUGCUCAUCUAUUAAUUAAAUGUUCUUUACCAGAUCUUUAGCUUGGCUCUUUAUUAAAGUUUACACGUACUUCCAUGGCGAGCUUGAUGAAAAACAAAAGGAAGUAGUCGGAGUCUUCUUUGAUAUGUGA